CUGUAUUUUAUUAUUAAAACUCCAUCAGUGGUUUUAAACAUAUAUAAAAACUUAAAAGAAUACUUAGAACUAUUGUCACUUUGAACCUUAUAGACAACUUGUAAUUUAAUCAAUUUGCAUUGAAACUGUCAUUUCCCUCUAUAGACUUACUUAGCAUCUUGCCCAUUAGUAUUUCUACAGUCCCUUAUUAGACAGACAAUUUUUGCUUUUAGUUUAAAACAACUGUCAAUUUUUUCUGAAAAUUAAAAAUCUUAUUCUGUUUCUCAAAGAUUCUCUUUGUAUUAGCUGCCUUUCAGUAAAAGUACUUUUCUUUUUUUUCACCUUUCCCCUCCCCAACUUUACAUUGAAGAAUGCUCAAACUGUAUGGCUCAAAUGUAAAGACUUUUAACUUACAGUAGAACAAUUUCAGACAAAUUGAUCAGGUUCAACAGCACUGGGACUACUGAGUUAAAGGCUUUCAGAAUAAGCAGGAGAAAUUCAGUUUAAUUUUUUUUUUUGAGAAGAAGUAAGAAGUAUCUCAAGAAAAUGACUCUAAUGAUUUUUUUGGUAAUGUUGAUCAUGGAAUCUGCCACUGAGAAGCUGUGCCCUCUUCGUGCCUCCAUUGAUAUUCUUGAAGGAGAAUAUUUUUUCCUUUGUUAUCUUGAGUCAAGGCAAGAACAUUUUCAGGAAGAAACAUACACAAUAAACUGGUACAAAGAAAGUGCUGGAAAGCAACAACUGAUAAAGGAAACACGCAGAAUUGUGUCAAAAAUGAAUUUUCUGGAGUUUUGGCCAGCUGAACUCAGUGACUCUGGGAUUUACUCUGUCAUUCACAGCAAUGGAAAACAAAAUGUCACAAUUCAAAAGUGGACCUUGAAUGUACUUGAAAGAAAUAAAAGCAGCUGUUUCAAUGAAAAUCAUUUAACUACAGAAAUUAAAAGUGCUGGAAUUGGUCAUUCACUGAAAUGCAGUGAUUUGUCUAUCUAUGAAAAUGACAGCAUAACAUGGUACAAGGACUGUAAGAAUUAUGAACAUGAAACAGAGAGGCAACUAAAUUUUAGAGCCUUGACAGUACAGAACUCUGGGAUAUAUACCUGCAAAAUUUUAAUCAGUCAUGAAGGAAUGAUAUACCACAGCACAAAUACAAUUAAACUUGUAGUAGAAGAAGAUGCACCAGAGGCUUUCUCUUUGGAGAUAGUUGGACAUCAUGAAGAAAUUGAAACAAAAAUAGGUAAAGAAGAGAUACUCAAUUGCACAGGUUUCCUGGGUUAUUAUAUGCGAGAAGAUGCCAGCCUCUACUGGUUAAUUAACCAAACGUUUCCAGAACAAUGCACAGAUAUCCCUGAGAAUGAGCCUUCAAUAUGUGAAGAAGAACUCAAAAAACUACACUUGGGAAACAAGUUCUAUAUCACAAGGCUACUACGGAUUAAAAAAGUAAGAGAUGAGGACGUGCAUCAGAAUUUCACCUGCAUGUUGCAAGCUGAUGAGAGCACACGGACGAAAAUAGUAAAACUGAAGAAAGGGAAGACUCAAGACCUGCCUGUGCACAUAUUUACCACUGGAAUGGUCCUUGCUGUUCUAUUUCCAUUUGUUGCUGUAGCUGUGGUGUUUGUGUUUGUGAUGUUUAGGGUCGACUUGGUUCUAUUUUACAGAAGUAUAUGCAGGAGAGAUGAUACUGCUGGAGAUGGAAAAGAAUAUGAUGCAUUUGUGUCUUACCUGAAAGACUGUGUUUCUCCUAAUGAAGAAGAGAGGGAAUUUGCUUUGAAGAUAUUGCCCAUGAUAUUAGAAGAAAACUUUGGGUACAAGUUAUGUAUAUUUGAGAGGGAUGUAUUUGCUGGAGGAGCAUUUGUUGAUGAUAUCCAUUCAUUCAUUGAUAAAAGCAGAAGAUUAAUCAUUAUUCUGAGCCAGAACUACGUUUCUGACAGAGCCAUAUAUGAACUUGAGAGUGGACUGCAUAAAGCUCUAGUUGAAAGAAAAACUAAGAUCAUAUUAAUUGAAUAUAUGCCUAUAAGUGACUACAGUUUCUUGCCAGAAUCACUGUCACUUUUACCAUCAAAGAGGGUGGUGAAGUGGAAAAAAGAUAAAUCUCUUCCCAUGAAUUCCAGAUUUUGGAAGAACCUUCGGUACCUGAUGCCAGCAAAGCCUAUCAAGAUAAAGACCAGAGGGCACUUUAAUAAUCUUGACUUAGGCUCAGAAGCUGCUCAACCCUGGACUGAGGGCUGUGACUUUAAUGCAAUCAUAUGACAAUUCUGGAGACAGAAGAUGUAGCAGAAAACUGUGUGUUUUGCUAACUAAUAGAACUAAAUUAACUAUUAUCUUGGGAAAUAGUGUUGAUUAAGAGGCCAGCUCUGAGAUCUGAGAAGAAUGCAGAAGUUACUGCAGUGGCCAGGAUGAUGUUAACCCCAAUUACUAAAUCCUAUCCCAGAGAAGGUUUCCUCAGCAGCUGUGCAAGCAGCAGAAGUUUCAUUCUGCUUAGGACUUACCACAUGGCAUGAAGCACAAUGAAAAUAAUUUUUAUUUCACAGUUUUCAGUGAUAUAGAAUGAUUCCAGUUUUACUUCCACAUACAUUUUAGGCCCUUCAAUAAAUAAAUCAAUACUUGCAAUGUCUUAUUACUAUUUAGAUGCUCUUUUGUAUUAUAUUUUCAUAUUUUCUAAGGAUUCUGAUUUUAAGCAGAUCCAAACAGCUCCCGCCUUCAAGAGCUUGGCAUGCAGGCUUUGGGCAAUAUCGGAUAGAAAAACCCCAAACCAACAGAGAAAAGGGAGGUUAGAAAGAAUAGGGCAGUUUUAGGUGCUUUAACAGUAUUUACUACUGAACUGUACAUGGUCUACCACUGGGAAUAAUUUGAAGGAAUGGUAAAGACUGUUUACAUCCUAUUUACCCAAGAAUAUUGUAAAUGCUUGUUUUGGCAGGGAGAAGAGGGGGUUGGGAUACAAACAAUGGUAUUUUGUUCAUGGAUGCUGAUACUACACUGGAAUCAAUCACCCAGAGAGGGUGUGGAGUCUCCCUCACUGGAGAUAAUUCAGGAACUGACUGGACACAAUCCUGUGCCAUGUGCUCUGGGAUGACCCUGCUUGAGCAGGGGGCUGGAUCAGAUGUCCCACUGUGAUCCAUUCCAACCUCACCUGUUCUGUGGUUCUGUGAUACCCUGAGCUGCCUUCAGCUGUUGCGUGUGGGAUUUAGGUGAAAAUAAGAUAUUUGGUGUGUAUAUACACUCCUAACCCUUUGUAACUCUUGUCUUAAUAUUAUUUUUUAAAACAAAGUUAGUAGUGCUAUUCAAAGCUGUGCUAAUCCUCCCUUAUUAUUAGCUGUCUCAUAGAAGAUAACUAUCUGACAUUAAUUCCUGGAUAAAAUGGAACCAUAUUUCCUCCCAGCAUCAGCGGGGAGACGUCCAGGGAGAAUCAAAUUUUGGAAGAUCUUUUGUCAGGUUGCUAGGAGGUCAUCAAGGCUCUUCUCACUCUUGUAAAUGUCUUGCAUGCCAUAACUGCUGGUUUUGAGUAGGUAUCUCUUACACUGAAACUUAAUUCAUACAUGGAGGACUGCAUUACCCUCUCAGUGCACCUGAAAACAAAGUUGGAUGUUGGGUGUCAUGACAAUGUCUCAAGUUUCAUGGGAACGAAAUAUUGUUUGUCAAAUGUCCUUUAACCAUGCAUAGUUUCUGGAAGAUGUUUAGGUAAAAGGAAAGGCUAAGUAUAGAUUUCCAAAAUGGAGACAACACUGUUGCCAGAUUAACAGGUAGGUGGAAAGGAGCAAAGGACUAAGGCAAACAUCUGUAGUGACUUCAGAUCAGCUAUAGGACAUCUCCUUUGUAUCAGACAACUAGAGAGCUAUGUAAAUGUGGUUCAUAGGCAAAAGCCAUUCUCUGCUGUAAGCUUUUACUGAAGAGGCUUUCUCCUCUGCAGAUGUGUGCCUUUACAUUUCCAAAUCUCAAACCUUUCGCAAUAUUCAGUUCUUCUCAACUAGUGUUUCCUGUGUUUUCUAGUCACAGAUAAUUUUUAACAUUCUCUGUCAGCACAGAAAUACCAUGAGACAUACUAGGCACACCCAUUUUGUAGCCAAACAUCUUACAGAAGUGUUAGUAACUUUCCCAAUACUUAACUGAGGUAUUAAACUUUCUCCUCAGCCUUGUAGUUUUUCAUAUGCUGUCAUCAAUGUAUUGCCUAACAAAUUAAAGGUCAAAUGAGUUUUACUACACAUGUGACAAUGGAUAGUGCACAUGGUUUGUUAAUAGCUCUGAACCAAGCCUACCCUCUAUGAGAACCAACUACUAUAAACUGAAAUUGAAUUUGGCAUGGAUGCCCCCUCCCCUCAGCUUGGAGAAACAAUGUGACUGCUACACCUCGUGAAGCCUGUGACACCAAACACAAUUUGACUGCCCUGAGAUUUCACAGAAUAACAGAGGAUUAUAAAAAAGGAAGGUUGAAAGCUAAAUGGCAUUAAUUCUCAAGUUGUUCAAAUGCCAGCAAAGCAGACAUUCUUUGAAUGACUCAACAUCUGUAAAAGGAGAAGUAUUUUUGCACAAAAAG